GGGUUUAAGUGUUGAUUAAAGCACCAUCCGGUUCGCUCUCGCUACUUUCCGAACUCACUCACCCAGUGUUCGGAAAUACAGCCAUGGAAGCAACGCGAUUCUCCUCCAAUCACUUCCAUCCACACAGCUUCCGAACCAAACUCAACGCACUUCCAGGUAGAAGAGGAACUAGGGUUUCUCUUUUCACAAUCCCCGCAUUCAGCACAAGGAAUUUUCCUUCGCUGAACCGGUCUUUGUUCUCGAAGGCGAACCGGAGCCUUUCUGUUAACUUCUCCGAUCGGCUUCGAAGUGACUAUAUGCGCGUCGAGGCUCCGAACAGUGAGAUUUCGAAUCAGGAAGUUGUACCGGCAACUCAUGGUGACGACGGGGAAGCGGUUGUUGCAUCUCCGGGUGCUGAUAACUUGAGAACCACCCUACAGUUAAAACCCAGAAUGUACAAAAAUAGGUUUCUGAACUUCGUGCGUUUGAGUUCUGUACUUAAUGGUGCUGCUGAAUCGUUCUUCAAGAGUGAGAUUAGGAGAAGACUGUUCGUGACUGCUGUGUUAAUUGUAAUCAGUCGUGUUGGUUAUUUUAUUCCUCUUCCUGGAUUUGACCGAAGGUUGAUACCGCAAGACUACAUGAGCUUUGUUUCAGGAUCUGUUGAUGAACUUGGUGAUUUUACCGCUGAGCUCAAGCUAUCUCUUUUCCAGCUUGGAAUCAGUCCUCAGAUAAUAGCGUCCAUUAUAAUGCAGGUAUUCUGUCAUAUCGUUCCUUCUCUUGUAAAGCUGCGGAAAGAAGGUCUGGAUGGGCAUGAGAAGAUUAAGAGUUAUAUAUGGUGGAUGUCACUUGGCUUUGCAAUUUUGGAAGCUCUAAUAGUUGCUUGCUACUCACUUCCAUAUUCAAUUUACGGUGCUAGUUAUAGGGUAAAACAUGUACUGGUGACAACCCUUUUGUUGGUUUGUGGUGCAAUGACUAUUACAUGGAUAUGUGAUACCAUAUCAGAAUCUGGAUUUGGUCAAGGUUCGUCUCUUAUCGUAUGUGUGGGGAUACUGACGGGUUAUAUGGAGACAUUACACAAAAUGCUUACUCAGCUUUCAGUGAGUGCCGUGAGUUGGUGGCCAUAUGUGCUUGCAGUGAUUGGCAUCUUCACUGCAGUCACUAUGUGGGCAGUUGUAGUAACUGAAGGUUGCAGGAAAGUAAAGCUUCAGUACUAUGGUUUCAAACUUGCUUCCGCUGCAAGGGAGCAAUCACCAAUUACUGAAGUGGAGCCCUAUAUUCCUUUCAAUAUUAAUCCAGCAGGGAUGCAACCUGUUCUUACCACCUCUUACCUCUUGGCAUUUCCAAGCAUUCUCGCAGGUCUGCUUGGGUCACCUUUUUGGGGGCAUGUCAAGGAGAUAUUGAAUCCUGAAACUUCUGUUGGUGCUGAGCCGUGGGUCUACUAUUGCAUAUAUGGUUUUUUUGUCUUCCUGUUCAAUAUAUUUGAUAUUGCUAACUUGCCAAAGGAAAUUGCUGAUUACUUAAAUAAGAUGGGUGCAAGAAUACCAAACAUAAAGCCUGGGAAGGCUACUAUAGAAUACCUCACAAAGGUUCAGGCAUCCACACGAUUUUGGGGGGGCCUAUUGUUAAGUGUUUUGGCCAUUACUUCAAGUGUUCUUGAUCACUAUUUACGGCGUAUCAAUGCUGGAUUUGCUAUUGGUUUUACAUCUGUUCUAAUUAUUGUUGGUUCCAUUAUUGAACUUAGAAGAUCAUAUCAAGCAUACAAUGUGAUGCCAAGCUUAAGCAAUGCUUUGAGACGUUAUGGUGUAUAACUUAAGGAAAAUAUAUGCCGUCAUUUUGCUGUGACAGUUUAUUUAAACCUCGAGGAUAACUCUUUGGUCAGCAUUGGAAGCUCGGUUUUUUGGGGACACUACAAUCCAGUUUGUGGGUCUUCGAGUAUUGAGGUCAGCUAGCAUUGCUAGUUACGAGGUGCUAAGUGAUGCUUGUUGGUACGUGGUAGUAGCUGAUUCGGAAGCCUUGUUUCCUGAUAUUCUUUCUGGAAGGUGUUUGUUUUGAUGGAUAUAGGAAACUAUUUAGUUAAGAUUAUGGUUAUAGGCUGCAGCUGAGAUUUGUACAGGAAAUUCUCGUGUUGCAGACGUGAAGUGUAGUAUAAAAACGAGGUACUUGGAUAUAGGAGGUCAAUUGCCUUCAU